AAGUGUUACACGUGUCCACUGCCUGAAAAUCGAAACAAUUCUUCACGAUAGAGAUCAUUUCGAUUUAAGAUGUUGUGUAAAUGGCUUUGAAAUUUCAAAAUCCGAUUGAAAUAGCCAGUCUCGUGUGCGUUUUGGAGGAUGCCGUGAAGAAACUCAUCAUAGUAGAAAAACUUCAUAAGCCAGCAGUGAGAGCAAAUUCUCAGAGGGGAAACGCUUUUCUUACUCGGAAUUCGACAACUCAAAUUCUGCGCAUAACCCGAGAUGAGCUCUUGGAAAGUGGUUCUUACCGUUGCCUCAAAGCUUAUGUUCAAAAACAGUCGGAUCAACAACACAAAAAUGCCAACUUAAACGAAUCACAUUCGCAGGUUUUAGUGGAAAUCAAGAAUGCCAAAAAAAGUAUUGAAGAUAUCACUAGAUCAGGAAAACAAGCUUUGCAAGAGGAGACAAACACGAUCUCAGAGAUCGUGGACGAUAUUCAAGGAGAGCUCUCGUGUAACGCAGCGCGAAUGAGUUUAGCAGAGCGAUGGGAAGAUGCUCGAGAGCAGCAGAAUAUGUUCAAGUGUCAAAUGGAAGAGGCGAAAAUCGAAACGAAAGUCCAGGAAGCGGUCGCUGCCAUCGAUUCUGAACAUCGAGUUGACGCUGAGAUAGAAAACUACCUCCAUCUUGCUAUUGCGAAACUGAAAGAUGAGAUUGAAAAUUGGACGAAGCGGUAUGAUGAGGAAAUCGCCGAGCGUGAGGCUGAAUUAGCAUCCUUGAUGGAAACAAGGAACGCAGCAUUGGAGAAACUAGAGCGGUUAAAUUCAGAGUUUACGGGGCGGCAGAAGGAAAUAGAAGACUACUUGGCAACGAAAGAGGAUCUCAGGCGGUCUAAGGAGAGAGAAGAAUAUUUGAACAAGAUGGCGACGAAAAUUCAAGCUUGGUGGCGGGGCACAAUGGUACGAAGACAUUUAGGGCCAUACAAGUAUUUCAGUAAAAUAGCACGCCCUCAAAAAAAAGGGAAGGGGAAGAAAAAGUAAAUUCAACAGGAUCUUUCAGAUUUAUAUUAUACUGGCAUUCAAAUUGUAAUAUAGACUGCGGCUCUUCUCGCAGAUCGCAAUUCAUAUCGUGAAUUUUGCCAUGA